ACCAUCAACUCAACAAACACCUUCCCCUCUCCUCCCUCCCCCUUCUGCCCUUCAUUAUUAUCAUCCUGCUUCAUCUCCUAAACAUAACCCUUAAACUCUUUGUUUUUCUAGACCUCGUUUGUGCCAAAGGAAGCGAGAUUCGUGCUAUAGUUUUCCUCAAACUGUCUGGGACAGCAACAGCUGCCGUCUUGGAGUUAUGGCGCACUCUUACAAUGUCGACACUGGUGCCUGGAUUCAAGACACCCAUGAAGGAUGGGUUUCUUCGAAGGUCAUUUCUAAGAACGUGGGGGGAGAUGGAGCAACUCUAGUUUUUGAGGUUACUUCAGGAGACCGAAUCGGUGAGGUAUUGUUAUCAUUAUCUGCUCUCUAGCUGGGACACUUUUGAUUCCCGUUUCCAUUGUUAACCCUUUUUGUAGAAAAUCACUACUACUACAACACUUGCGGCUCUUGAGGGAGAUGCGGAGGAUAGAAACCUCCCGCCUUUAAUGAAUCCACCUGUUUUGGAGGCUACCGAUGAUCUGACCAGUUUAUCCCAUUUGAACGAACCAGCUGGUAUGUUGCAAUUCAUCGGGCCUCCCUCUCAGCGAAGCGUUCUUUGUUGUCUCCUUAGCUAACAUUCCUGUCCUGCAUAGUUCUACAAGCUAUUAAACUCAGAUAUGCUAAACGGGAAAUUUACACAUACUCUGGAAUUGUUCUCAUUGCGACAAAUCCUUUUGAUCGGAUGGACUACCUUUAUGACCCUGGACUUAUUCAAGCCUACGCCGGUAAACGACGUGGGGAUCAAGAUCCUCAUUUGUUUGCGAUUGCUGAUACUGCCUACCAGUAACAAUCCAUAAUAUCUAUCUGACUGGGGUGUUUGGAGUUGACAAGUUUGUUAUAGGGCAAUGGUUCGAGAUAAGAAAAAUCAAACAAUUGUUGUAUCAGGAGAAUCUGGUGCUGGAAAAACGGUCAGUGCCAAAUAUAUUAUGAGAUAUUUUGCAACGGUAGAGGAUCCCAAUAGACCCGGCAAACGGAGGAAGGGGGCUUCAGGGGAGGUCAUGAGCAAAACGGAGGAACAAAUAUUGGCGACCAAUCCUAUCAUGGAGGCAUUUGGCAAUGCAAAGACAACUCGAAAUGAUAAUUCUUCUCGUUUUGGAAAGUAUAUCGAGAUCAUGUUCGACAAACAAAUCGAUAUUGUGGGCGCGAAAAUCAGAACAUAUUUGCUGGAGCGUUCAAGAUUGGUGUAUCAACCCGCUACUGAGCGAAAUUACCAUAUCUUCUAUCAGUUGAUUGCUGGAGCGUCUGAUGAGGAGAAGAGGGAGCUGGGGUUGCUUCCGGUGGAGCAAUAUGAUUACUUGAAUCAAGGAGGAGACCCCACUAUCCUCAAUGUCGACGAUGCUGCUGAAUUCAAAUUAACCCGGGAGGCUCUUGGGACUAUUGGCAUUUCGGAAGUAACUAUGGCUAGAAUUUGGAAAGUUUUGGCAGCUUUGCUUCAUUUGGGUAACACUAAGAUUGAAGCAUCUCGGAACUCGUCUGUACUUCUGACAACAGAUCCCGCUUUGGUUAAGGCUUGCGAGCUUUUAGGUGUUAAUGCUGAAGAGUUUGCUAAGUGGACAACAAAGAAACAAUUGGUUAUGCGAAAUGAGAAGACAAUUUCCCCCCUGAGUCAGAAGCAAGCUCUUGUUGUUCGUGACUCGAUAUCGAAAUUUAUCUAUUCGAGUUUGUUCGAUUGGCUUGUUGAGGUUAUCAAUAACGGCUUGGCAGCUGGAGAGGUUAGGGAGAAGGUGAAAUCUUUUAUCGGUGUUUUGGAUAUCUACGGUUUUGAGCAUUUCAAGCGUAACUCUUUUGAGCAAUUUUGCAUUAAUUAUGCAAAUGAGAAGCUCCAACAAGAGUUUAAUCAGCAUGUCUUCAAACUAGAGCAAGAAGAGUAUGCGAAAGAACAAAUUAAUUGGGCGUACAUCGAAUUCUCCGACAAUAGACCCUGCAUCGAGCUCAUUGAAGCAAAGUUGGGUAUCCUGGCCCUUUUAGACGAGGAAUCCCGUCUCCCCGCCGGAGCAGACGAAACAUUUGUUGAAAAACUUCAUCAGAACUUCACGACUGGUAGGCCAAAGGGCUUCCCUUAUCAGAAGCCGAGAUUUGGGAAAACAUCUUUUACUGUUUGCCAUUAUGCCAUUGAUGUCACGUAUGACUCCGAGGGGUUCAUCGAAAAGAAUAGGGAUACUGUGCCAGAUGAACACCUUGAGUUAUUGAAGGCAUCAACCAAUCCAUUCCUUACGGAAGUCAUUCAGUCUGCUACAUCGCUUAGAGAUAAGGUGCGUUAGUGUUCUUCGGUUUUGGGAACUAGGCUAAUAGCGUAGGAAAACGCUUCUGCGCCCAGAAUGGCUGCCGGCCCGGUCGCUAGAAGGGCGGGCGGUAUGGUCAAUCGUAAGCCAACAUUGGGAGGAAUCUUCAAGUCCUCUCUAAUUGAUCUUAUGGGCACAAUUGGAUCGACAAACGUGCACUACAUCCGUUGCAUCAAACCGAACGAAGCAAAGGCAGCUUGGAAGUUUGAGGGCCCAAUGGUUUUGAGUCAGUUGCAAGCCUGUGGUGUUUUGGAGACCGUGAAGAUUAGUUGUGCUGGAUACCCUACCAGAUGGACUUAUGAGGAGUUUGCCACCCGUUACUACAUGUUGGUUCACUCUAGCAAUUGGAAGGCCGGGAAUAUCAGGGACGUUGGGCUUUUGAUUCUUAAGGCUACUAUCCCGGAAGAGGGACAUCCCCGCGAUGGACAAAAGGAUGGGAAGGAUAAAUUCCAACUUGGGAUGUCAAAGAUUUUCUUUAGAGCUGGCAUGGCAUGUAUUCCCAUGGCUGUCUACUGAUUUUUUUAUAUUCAUUGCGUCUUCUAACAGGUUCUUUAGUUGGCCUACCUCGAAAACUUGCGGACAACUCGCUUGAAUAGUUGCGCGAUAUUGAUUCAGAAGAAUUUGAAAAAGAAAUACUAUCGACGCAAGUACCUCGAGGCUCGUGAAUCAAUACUCAAGCUCCAAGCAUGGGUCAGAGGGUGUCUUGCUCGCAAGGAGGCACAAGCUAUGCGCGUAGUGAAAGCUGCUGUUACCAUUCAGAGGGUCUGGCGUGGCUCUAAACAACGCAAGGCGUUCAACAGGAUUCGUAACAGUGUUAUUAUUGCUCAAGCAGGUAAAUUGGCUAAUCCGAAUAACUAUUGACACCUGCUGAUACGUGGAUAUGAAAAUAGCUGCUAAGGGUUACCUAUGCCGAAAGUCUAUUAUUGAUCGUAUGCUUGGGAACGCUGCACGAUACAUCCAAAAGGCUUGGAGGUCAAGGUGAGACAAUUCAGUGAUCUCAUCCUAAGGGGGGAGCCAAGGCUAACGAUGUGUGCGCAGACGUUUCUUACAAGCUUGGAGGACAUACCGCAAGAGGUGCGUUUAUAUACAGAGUGUUUGGCGUGGUAAGAUAGCUCGAAGGCAAUACCGAAAAAUGCGCGAGGAAGCCAGGGAUCUCAAACAAAUCUCGUAUAAGCUGGAGAACAAGGUUGUUGAGCUUACCCAAACGGUGGGAAAACUUAAACAGGACAACAAGGCUCUCCUAGAAAAGGUGGAAAGCUUCGACAACCAAGUGAGGAACUGGAGAACUAAGCACGCUACCUUGGAAAACCGUAACAAGGAACUGCAAAUUGAAGCCAACCAAGCCGGUAUUGCAUCCGCUCGUCUUUCACAAAUGGAUGAGGAGAUGAAGUCACUCCAGCGGCAAUUUGAGGAGUCGACGGCAAACAUGAAGCGGCUCCAGGAAGAAGGGAAAUCUCUACGCGCAGCUCUUUCCAAGAGAACCUCCGAGCUUGAUGUCCUCAAGUCACGUGACCAAGUGCAUGAGGACGAAAAGAUGUCUUUGAGGCAACAAAUCCAGGCUUUAGAGGAUCAACUGCAAAACGCGGGACCACCCGUGGAAGAGAAUGGACAUAUGGAAAAAGUGCCAGCUGGUCUUGCCAAUGGUAUCAUCAAUUUCGUCUCUAACAAGAAACCUAAGAGGCGGAGUGCUGAGGUUAACCGAUUUGAAAACGAUGGAAUGUACCGGUCUUCAUACCAAGCUCGCCCUGUCUCUAUGAUGCCUACAACGGCCCCUAUUAGGAACAGGGACCUGGACGUUCUCGCUUUCAGUCCUGUAGUAGAAAAUACGGAAUACGAGCUUCAAAGACUGCUUGAAGAAGACGAGGCGUUGAGUGAGGAGGUGGCUAUGGGUCUUAUUCGAAAUCUUAAGAUACCAUCACCCAGUAGUCAGAAUGCGUUAGUUGAGAAGGAGGUUCUAUUCCCGGCAUACCUCAUUAAUGUUGUUACCUCUGAAAUGUGGAACAACGGGUUUGUGAAGGAAUCUGAACGAUUCUUAGCCAACGUCAUGCAGUCAAUUCAACACGAAGUUAUGGUUAGUAAUUUAGAAAUGCCCGUUGUCGAAUUGUAUAACAGUUAACUAAUAUCUGCUAGGCACACAAUGGUGAUGAUGCUGUUAAUCAAGGUGCAUUCUGGCUGUCCAAUGUCCAUGAGAUGCUCUCUUUUGUCUUCCUCGCUGAGGAUUGGUAUGAGAUACAAAAGAAGGAUGACUACGAGUAUGAUCGCCUGUUGGAGAUUGUCAAGCAUGAUUUGGAGAGUCUCGAGUUUAAUAUUUACCACACGUGGAUGAAAGUCUUGAAGAGGAGGCUGCAUAAAAUGAUUGUCCCGGCAAUUAUCGAAUCCCAAUCCCUUCCUGGUUUCAUCACAAACGAUGGUAAUAGGUUCCUGAACAAGUUUCUUGCGACCUCGAGUGCUCCCCAAUAUAGCAUGGAUGAUCUCUUGACCCUACUGAAUAAGGUAUACAAGGCUUUGCGUGGAUAUUUUAUUGAAGAGUCAAUUAUUACGCAAGCAGUUACUGAGUUGUUGAAACUUGUCGGCGUUACUGCGUUUAACGAUCUUCUUUUAAGAAGAAAUUUCUUGUCGUGGAAACGCGGGCUCCAGAUCAAUUACAACAUCACUCGUAUUGAAGAAUGGUGUAAGAGCCACGACAUGCCCGAGGGUACGCUCCAACUAGAGCACUUGAUGGUAUGUAAUUUUUCCCGCCUCUCACGGGUAUCCUUGCUUAUAACUUUUUAGCAAGCUACAAAGUUACUUCAACUCAAGAAAGCGACUCUAAACGAUAUUGAGAUUAUCCAAGAUAUCUGUUGGAUGUAAGUCAACCGCUACCCACAGCGCCCAGGGGCACUUGCUGACAAUAAUAGGCUUUCUCCAAAUCAAAUACAGAAGUUACUGAACCAGUACCUAGUGGCCGAUUAUGAGCAGCCUAUCAACGGAGAGAUUAUGAAAGCAGUUGCCUCCAGGGUCACCGAGAAGAGCGACACCCUUUUGCUUCAGGCUGUAGAUAUGGAUGACAGUGGGCCAUAUGAGAUCGCUGAGCCACGAGCUAUCACUGCACUAGAGACCUAUAUACCUUCAUGUGAGUUCCAUAAAUUCGCCCGAGCUUGGAUUCUGGAGACUAACGUUUUCUGCAAGACCUGCAAACUACUAGGCUAAGGCGGCUAGCAGAAAUUGUUUCUGCUCAGGCCGAAGCACGCGCUGAAGCGGAGCGAGUGCGAGAAGGAGGAGACGACUUGGACGGGGAUAUUAAGACUCUGAUUUCCGCCGAACUUGAGCCAGUGCAUGAAUAAUGACUUCUGGUAAUCCAGUCUUCACUCCCUGUAUGCUUGCUCAUCACUAACAGGAUGUGAUACAGACUUUUCUUUUGUAAUGAGUGAUGUCCUUAAUGAAUGAGUGUUAGCGGGUCUAAGGAAGACAAGAAAAACCUCUUUAGUUGCAGCCAUGUGCUCUUUUUCAUUCGUUGUUAUAUUUGGAAAUGGGUUUGACACUUGAGAGGUACCUACUUUUUGUUCACUGCAUUGGGUCAAGGUAGGGAAGUCCACAAAAUGGUUUGCUGCGAUGUUGUUUGCACCUCCGGAGAAAAUUCCAAUUUUUUCCUUUCUUUUCCUAUCUUUUCACCCUUUAUUUUUUUUAUAUACUUUUCUAGCUAGUCAAGGCUUUGCAGUGGCCCCUAUAGUCACAAAUUUUAGUACACAUUUUUUUCCUUUGAGUCCGCCAUCUUAAGUGCUAUAUCCCUUUGUUAUUUCAUUCCCUAUAUAUUUCAUUUGCGAUAGAAAAGUCGGCCAAGCGUUUGUAAAUGCAUGUGAAUGUUUUCCUUUACUUUUUCAUUUUUAUUUAGCUGGCGGAGCAUAAUUGUCGGAUUGGGGAGAAUUUGAUUGAUACAAGAUAGUAUAUUU